AUGAAUACGUAUUCAAGGCCGAAUUCACUGGAACAGUCGAAACUGGCCGCAUUCCUGUAUCAGCGAAGCACUCCCCAGAAGGCGCCGGUGGAAGAGAGCCAGCUUGGCGGGGAGCAGAACCGUGCAGCCGCCUACAUCCCCCCACAAAAAUACGACACUGAUGAGAACCUGCAGCUAGAGACCUAUCUACAACGCGCCCCCAGCAGAGGGUGCUUUGACUUUGCCAAACAGCACCUGGGGCAGCACAGCAAAGAGGACGUCCUUGUGGUCCACGAGCCCCCGCCUCCCAUGCUACACGGGCCCCUCAAGGAUUCUACCCCCUCAGAGAAUGGGGACGUCCCCACCCCUUAUAUAAUAACAAAAGGGAUGCAGGCUCGGUUGCUCACCAGCAAUAGUGUAAUCCUAGUGCGUAAGGAAAUCUGCAGAGGAAACAUCGCCCAGACCUUCUGCGCCACCAAGAGAACAAAUUCGCACACAAUGCGUCAGCGGGCAAAUCUGCAAUUCAGAAACUCACUUCUGAGGCCAAUCGACACGGUCGUGGCCGAAGAUUCUGAAGUCAGCCACCGCAAGUCACCACAUCCGGGCUCCGUGCCAAACGCAAACCGCGCCAACUAUGAGUUACCCACAUUGACCAGAAAUGUGUGGCGCAUCACGGGACACCAUAAACAGCCAUGGAAGAACAAGCGCAAUCUAAGCCAUGCGCUUGUUAAACUCUGCAAAGCCGCAGACUGGCAUGCAAGGAAAGCUCAACUUUGUCUCAUUUCUCUGCAGUCGGACCCAGACCUCCCUUCCGAUGACCCCACUCCUGUCUCUGACCUGGCAAAGUACCCCGGCCCCCCAUCGCGUCCCCCUCCCUCACAGUAUGUUCCACCCCAGCCUUCCAUUGAAGAAGUCCGGCAAACUAUGCAGUCCCUGCUGGACGAUGCUUUUGCACUGGUGGCCCCAAGCAACUCACAGUUACUGCCCCAAAGAGGACUGGAGCAACUAGAGAUCCAUCGAGGCAGCAGCCAGCAAACCAUACCCCAGCACCACACGGGUGAGAGCGCCAGGGCGGUGGGCAACGCCGUGGUGCGCUGUGUGAUAGUGGGCGCGAGCGAAGACGCCGCGCGAGUGGAGCUGCGUGAGCAAACCAACUUCCACCUCCUUACUCGGCCAUCCCGUAACCAGGUCGAGUAUGAUUGUCCGUUUGAAUAUUCUGAGUGUCAUAAACAAGACCCCGCCCACUGGGGAGCACUGCGCAGCGUACGCUGGUUGGGCUUCCUUCCCCCGCCGGAGAUGGCACCAACUGAAUCUCAGCAGGCUGAAACCUCAUAUCCGGCCAGAGGGGGGUUCCCAGAGGACAUUCCUUCUGUAGCAAGACCCCGCCCACUGGGGAGCACUGCAGGUUCCUCCCAGAUUCAUCAGCUGGCCCAAGUCGGCAUCGCUAGCAGAAUGGGCGUUCAGUCCACCGACCUACCCUCCAACAGGGGUGGGCAACAGCCAGCAUUGACUCCGAGCUGGUCAUCCUAUUAUCUGCAGGAGGAGGAGGCUCCAUGGAAUGUCCAUCAGCGGGACCAUAGCCACUCACAUGGACUGCAGGAAUAUGGAGUGUUCCCGGGCAACAGAGGUCCUGGCCGUCAGCCCGCGGCCACCUCCCAUCUCCAGCCCUCCAUCUGUUACCCCUCUGGCUCGGCAGAAGAGCUUCACCCCGGCCACUCCUCGGCAUCCCUUAUCAAGGCCAUCCGGGAGGAACUCCUGCGCCUCUCCCAAAAACAAGUGGCGAUGCCCAGUUACCACAGCUGAUAAGGGCUGGGCAGGACAGAGAGGUAGCUGCUUCCUAUGGAAGCCAAGAGGGCAAGUUGUUGAAGGAAGAGUCAACACCGUAAGAACAAAGGAACAGCGAGAUGGCUCGUCAACAUGGAGGACUGGCUAAAGGUUACACUGAUCUGGAACCCAAGUUAACACUGUUGCAUGCACCUACCUGGGGUAGGUCAUGGAUUCUACCCUUGGAGAGGGCAGUUAGGACCCAGGCACUGGAGAACAUUGGUGUGUAGAUGACCCUAGGCUUGUGAAGUCCAUGGUAGACUUUGUGUCUGGGAUAUACUUGCUGCACCUUAAUUCCACAGUUAGGAGAUACCUUUCCCUCAGUAACACCAGCGUCCCUGAUCCUGGUUGGGCAUCUUGGCACCCAAGAGCUUGCAAUUGGUGCCAUAGCAAGUCACACACUACCAGCAGUAACAAUCAAAACUGAUCAGUAGGGUGCAGUUUCAUGACCUCAAGGAUGAGGGGCCAAGUCCAGGGAAAUGUAGGAAACAUAAUGAUUGGUUAAGGUGGCAUUAAUUCAUUAAUUCUGCUACUGGGGGGGGGGGGAAACAACUAGCCAAACCUUUGCCCAACCUGCACCCAAGGUUCUCCUCAAUCUGGUUUCAGAAGUUUGGUUCAUGUUCAUCACCAAAGGGAAUGGGCCCUGCUUUACGUUUGACCACUGUUCUAGACUCAUUCCAAGGUUCUGGGCCAAACCCACCCUACCUGUGGGUUUCUGCCCAUCGCUAAAUUGUUGUUUUGCACGAGGAACCUGGUUAUUAUACUUUUUAGGGGCAUCUUGACUGGGGCAAGGGUCGACUGUUAAGGGUUGACACUGGUUCAGUGUCUAGUGGCUUCACCAAAGUGCUUGAAGCUUCAAUGUACUUUUGUAGACCACUGUCUAGAGCAGCGGUUCUCAACCUGUUGGUCUGGACCCUUUUGGGGGUCGAACAAGAGCAUUGGAAAACACAUAUUUCCA